GCAAGCAGAGCAAUCGAGAGAACAGAAGAAGAAGAACAUGAACAGCCUCUUCUCCGAUUCAUGGAAACGUACGGACGUCGAGUAUCCCGGCGGCGGUGGGGAUGUUGAAAUGGGAGCGGCCAAUGGAGGUGGCGGGGCGAACCUGGACCGUUUCUUCGAGGACGUGGAGGCCAUCAAGGAGGAGCUGCGCGAGGUGGAGCGCCUCCACUGCAGCCUCAAGGAGGCGAAUGAGUCCGGGAAGACUCUCCACGAGGCGUCGGCGGUGCGCGCCCUCCGCGGCCGCAUGGACGCCGACGUCUCCGCCGCCCUGAAGAAGGCCAAGCUCAUCAAGCUCCGCCUCGAAGCCCUCGACCGCGCCAACGCCGCUAACCGCGCUACCCCCGGGUGCGGCCCGGGAAGCUCCACCGACCGGACGCGGACAUCCGUCGUUGCCGCGCUCCGCAAGAAGCUUAGCGAGUCGAUGGACGCCUUCGCUGACUUGCGCGGCCGGAUCGCGGCGGAGUACCGCGAGACCGUCGGGCGGCGGUACUUCACCGUUACUGGGGAGGCUCCCGACGAGGCGACGGUGGAGGCGCUGGUGGCGACGGGGGAGGGGGAGCGGUUCAUGCAGCGGGCGAUAGAGGAGCAGGGGCGGGGGCGGGUGGUGGCGGUGGUGGCCGAGAUCCAGGAGCGGCACGGGGCUGUGGCUGAUCUUGAGCGGAGCCUGAUGGAGCUGCAUCAGGUGUUCAUGGACAUGGCGGUGCUGGUGGAGGCGCAGGGGCAGCAGCUGGACAACAUCGAGAACAACGUCGGCCGGGCGGAGUCUUUCGUCCGCCGCGGUACCGAGGAACUCGUCACCGCCCGCGCCUACCAGAAGAACUCACGCAAAUGUACCUGCAUCGCCAUCGUCAUCCUCCUCGUCGUCAUCGUCGUCGUCGUCGUCCCCGUCGCCGUCUCCCUCGCCAACAAGAGCAAGAAUUAGCCCCAAUUCCUUUUGAGAAAUUUUCAUUUCGCUCCUCAAAGUUCACAAUUUAUUUUCUCACUUUAGCUCUCAAAAUUUAUAAAUUUAUAUUUUCAUUUCGCUCCUCAAA